AUGAAGAUUUCCCUGAUCACAUUUGCUGCCUUCCUCGGCCUGGCUUCGGCCCAGAAUGCCGUCGUGCACAACCACUGUGCCACCCCCGUUUAUGUGCAGUCGUUCCCUUAUGAUGGCAGCGGCCCCGGCCCUCUCACCACAGUUGCCAAGGGGAAAACUUUCUCCGAGAAAUUUCACACAUCUGGCUCUACCGUUAAGAUCGCCAAGAAAAAGACGCUGGAUAAGCCUCUCUUUUUCGGCUAUUCAUUCUCUUCUAACCCAGACUACGCGUACUAUGAGCUGAGCACGGAAUGGGGUAAUCCCUUUGCAGCAAAUCCCAACUCGCUCAGCCCCGGGGACGGCUGCGAAGUCUUUGAUUGCGCAGCCAAUGAUGCCGCUUGCUACAGUACCCCGGCUCAUAAGAAGGUUUAUGGGUGUCCCCAGCCUGUCAAUCUAUCGGUAGACCUGUGCCAGUAA